GGGAGUAGUUGGAAGAAGAUAAUGGAAAUGCAAUUUUGGAAUUAGAGAGAAAGUCAAAUGAGAAUGGGUUUAUCUCAAAGAGUGAAAUAUGAUUUAGGUCGACUUAUUUAAAUUAAAAAAAUAAUCAUCCCGCAAGGGAUGACCUACCGGUUGGAGUAAGUAAGCAUGUGUCAAUUUACCAUGGUUCGUAUACCAUUGCCAACGGCCGCUAGAUCGAGCUUGUCACACAUGGUUAGCCUAAUAUGGGGUACGUCAGCUCGGAUUCCUUCAAUAAAAAAAAAUAUAUAAUAAAAUAAAACAAUUUCCAAACAUUUCAAAUAUACAUAGUUUUUGUUGAGAGGGUUGAAUAUAGAUAAUUAAUACACUAAUUUCAAAAUAUAAUUUUCAACAUUUCUGAAAUUGGAAUCUAUUUUCAAUUCCAAAACUAGUAACUUCUUCCAAAAACAUUUAUAUAUCAACAUUUUUCAUCAUGACCCUCUAUAUUUUAUUGCACACCAUAUUUGACCUCAUUUUGAGACGAUUAAUCUACAUGCCUUGAAACUUCAUGCUUUCUCAAGUUUUCACUUAUUAUAAAUAGAGGGCUUGUUUGGUUUUUUUUACUCAUCUCAUUCAAAUUAAGCAAAUAUGAACUACUUUCCCAAAAAUAUUUCUUCUCUUCUAAUCACCUUACUUGUAAUCUCUUUAUCCCCCUUGCUAGUUUAUCCCCACAGCCACGAAGAUUUCGUCGCAUGCCUUUCGCAUCGCUCGGCGGCCAAUCAAGACCUAGUUUCGACCAACGUUUACACUCCGAUCAACUCCUCAUACACACCAACCCUACAAUUCUCAAUCCGAAACCCGAGAUUUAGAUCCUCCGCAACCGCCAAUCCUCAAGUUAUCGUCACACCGGUGAACGAGUCCCAGAUUCCUGACAUCGUGCACUGCGCGAAAUACACCGGUUUGCAAAUCCGGACUCGAGGUGGCGGCCAUGAUUACGAGGGGGUGUCUUAUCAAUCCCCGAUCCCAUUCGUCAUGGUCGAUUUGAUCAAAAUGCGCGAAAUAGUAAUCGACCGUGAAGAAGAAACCGCAUGGGUUCAAGCGGGCGCAACCCUAGGCGAACUCUACUAUAGAAUCAGCCAGACAAGCAGAACCCUAGCCUUUCCGGCCGGAGGGUGCUUCACUGUCGGGGUGGGCGGCCACAUUAGUGGAGGCGGCUACGGCGCCUUGAUUAGGAAAUUCGGCAUUGCAGCUGAACACGUUGUCGAUGCAAGAAUAAUCGAUGUUAACGGAAGAAUGCUCGACCGUAAAUCAAUGGGAGAGGAGCUCUUCUGGGCCAUCCGAGGUGGCGGUGGGGGUAGUUUCGGGAUUGUCUCUGCAUGGAAGAUGCAGUUAGUUCGGGUUCCGGAGACCCUAACCAUAUUCACGGUGAACAGAACGCUCGAACAGAACCUCACCAAACUCGUACACAGAUGGCAGUACGUGGCUCCGAAUCUUCCAAACGAUUUAUUCAUCGCCAUGGUGAUAAGAAACGUGAACACAACCGGUGGAAACAGAACAGUACAAGCUACGUUCAUCUCACUCUUCCUAGGUGGUGUCGAUAACUUACUUCCACUCCUAGCCGACCGAUUUCCGGAGUUGGGUGUGCGAAGAGAAGAUUGCACCGAAGUAACAUGGGUUCAGGCGGCCAUGGUAUUCGGCAACCGCAUGCCGAACGCUUCAACGGAGGUUCUCAGGACGAGGGCGCCUUACACGAAUAACCCCUUCAAGGCGAAAUCCGAUUACAUACAGGAGCCCAUACCGGUGCACGGGUUCGAGGGUUUAUGGAAGUUGUUCGGAGAAAAAGAAGCCAAGUUUGUCGAGUUGAACUGGGCUCCGUACGGCGGAAGAAUGUGGGAAGUUCCCGCGAAUGCGCUUCCGUUUCCUCACAGGAGAGGUAAUCUAUACAAAAUACUUCAUUUGUUGUAUUGGGACGAACCGGGGAGAGAAGCGUCGGAGAGGCACGUAAACUGGAUGAGGAAAAUGUACGCUUACUUAGAGCCGUUCGUGUCGAAGAAUCCGAGAGGUGCGUAUAUUAACUAUAGGGAUUUGGAUAUAGGAGUGAAUAACAAUGAGGGAAACACAAGCUAUGCACAAGCUAGUGAAUGGGGUCUUAAGUACUUCAAGACUAACUUCAAGAGGUUGGUUCGGAUCAAAACGAUGGCGGAUCCGACGAAUUUCUUCCGACACGAGCAGAGUAUUCCGACUCUUAGGUCGAAGAGGAAUCAUUAGAGAUGACAAUUGAAAUUCAUUUUAAUUUGAAUGCUAAGUAUCAAGUUCUAUGAUAAUUUGAUUUAUAUUUAUUUGUAUGCAUAAUAAGUCUUUCUUGACAUUAUUCCUAUUGAGAUUUGGUAUUGUAUUUAAUGUAACAUUAAAUAAAUUAUUUCAUUUUUAUA